AAAGGUCAGCUGAUCAGCUCUCCUACCUUCAAUGCCCCAGCUGCCCUGUUUGGAGACGCUGCCCCCCAGGUGAAGUCAGAGCGUCUUCGGGGGCUGCUCGACAGACAGCGGGCCCUACAAGAGGCACUGAGCCUGAAACUUCAGGAGCUCCGGAAAGUGUGUCUUCAGGAGGCGGAGCUGACUGGACAGCUGCCCCCUGAGUGCCCACUGGAGCCUGGUGAACGGCCCCAGUUGGUGCGCCGUCGGCCCCCUGCAGCACGCGCCUACCCUCCACCUCAUCCCAACCCAUCACACCAUUCUUUGUGCCCUGCUGAGGAGCUGGCUCUUGAGGCCCUAGAGCGUGAGGUGUCAGUGCAGCAACAGAUUGCGGCUGCUGCCCGCCGCUUGGCCCUGGCCCCUGAGCUGAGCACAGAACAGCGGCGGCGCCGGCGCCAGGUGCAGGCAGAUGCACUGCGGAGGCUGCACGAGCUGGAGGAGCAGCUCAGGGAUGUCCGGGCCCACCUCGGCCUCCCAGUGCUCCCACCCCAGCCACUGCCACUGUCCACGGGGGCACUCAUCACCACCCAGGGAGUCUGCCUGGGCACACGCCUUGCUCAGCUCAGCCAAGAGGAUGUAGUUCUACACUCGGAGAGCAGCUCCCUCUCAGAGUCUGGGGCCAGCCAUGAUAAUGAGGAGCCCCGCAGCUGCUUCUCUCUGGCUGAGCGCCCCUCACCACCAAAGGCCUGGGACCAGUUGCGGGCAGUAUCUGGGGGGAGCCCCGAGCGGCGAGCCCCAUGGAAACCACCCCCGUCAGAUAUUUAUGGCGAUCUGAAGAGCCGGCGCAAUUCUGUGGCCAGCCCCACCAGCCCCACACGCUCGCUGCCCAGGAGUGCCUCCAGUUUUGAGGGGCGAAGUGUGCCUGCCACCCCUGUCCUCACCCGGGGCACUGGCCCCCAGCUCUGCAAACCGGAAGGCCUCCAUUCUCGCCAGUGGUCCGGCAGUCAGGACUCCCAGAUGGGCUUCCCCCGGGCGGACCCUGCUUCCGAUCGCGCCUCGCUAUUCGCAGCUCGCACCCGCCGCAGCAACAGCUCCGAGGCCCUGCUGGUGGACCGGGCAGCUGCUGGGGGAGCUGGCUCCCCGCCUGCCCCUCUGGCUCCCCCUGCUGCCGGUCCCCCGGUCUGCAAGAGCAGUGAGGUGCUGUAUGAGCGCCCCCAACCAACCCCUGCCUUCUCUUCCCGCACAGCUGGCCCCCCAGACCCUCCACGGGCUGCCCGGCCUAGCUCAGCAGCCCCUGCCUCUCGCGGGGCCCCCAGGUUCCCACCUGUGUGUGGAGACUUCCUCUUGGACUAUUCCUUGGACCGCGGCCUGCCCCGAGGUAGUGGCGGGGCAGGCUGGGGGGAGCUGCUGUCUGCAGCUGAGGUCCCAGGACCCCUCUCCCGCCGGGAUGGGCUCCUCGCCAUGCUUCCCGGCCCACCACCCAUGUAUGCACCUGACGGCAACAGCCCCCUCCUCCGCAGCAAGGACCCCCACACCCGUGCUACCCGUUCCAAGCCCUGUGGCCUGUCCCUGGAAGCUGCCGAGGGGCUGGAGGUGCAUCCAAACCCUCUGCUGUGGAUGCCCCCACCCACCCGGAUCCCCCCGGCUGGUGAGCGCAGUGGCCACAAGAACCUCGCCCUGGAGGGGCUGCGGGACUGGUACAUCCGGAACUCGGGACUGGCCAUGGGGCCCCAGCGACGGCCUAUGCUCCCGCACGUGGGCCUUCCACACCCACCCUUCCUCCAUGCCCGCUGCUAUGAGGUGGGCCAGGGGCUAUACGGGACCCCCAGCCAGGCGCCAAUCCCGCACUCAAGGAGUUUCACGGCGCCCCCUGUCUCCGGCAGAUACUACACGGACUUCCUGUACCCCCCGGAGCUGAACGCUCGUUUAAGUGACCUGACACUAGAGGGGGAGCAGUCUUCCAGUUCUGACCCCCAAACCCCAGGGACACUGGUGUGACCCCUCCUGACAUGCCCCUUGUUGGCCUGGGCAUGACUCCAUCUGGAGAGCACACAGCUGACCUCGCCGAGUCCUGGGAUGUGGUUGCUCUCAGUCCUGGAGGGCACCAACCUGAUCUUCCAAGGCCCCUGGUUCCCUGUGGGCCCAGGAAGGUGUCCAAUCCCCUGCUUCUCCUCUCACACUGUGCUGGGGACUGGGGGACCUCAGCUAGCUUCAAAGGGGAGGGUUGAUGUUGUGGGGACUCUAAGCCCCUUCCUCCAUUUCUGUUUACAGUUGUGAUUUAGUAUUCACUGUCUUUGCCCAACACUAGGCAUUUUAUAUAUAAAAGAGAAACUGUGAUCUCAUCCUAGUUGGGUUCUUUCCUGUCCCCAUGCCCAGCCUGUUCCAUUCAGGAAUCCUAUAUGGUCCUCAAUAAAUAAAAAGGACCAUGUAGGGUCUUCGGGCCUUGUUUGGGGCAGCCAAGAGACUGAUAUGAACAGAACUCCCUGCCACCUACUACCAAGGCAGUUGGUUAGGUGGGCUCUGUGCCCACGUUGGGAAGGAUAAAGGUAUGGGUGGGGGGCUGAAGGAGCCCCUGUCCCUGUCUGGGGCUGUGGCCUCUGUGCAGAUCGUCCCCAAUCAAGAGGCCCUACUGAAGGUUGGCAUGCGGCUGAGCCACCGGGUAUGGGAUGUUUUGGUGGUUGAACCUGGCAACCAGAUGCCAGUGAAAUCCUCAGGUGACGUCUGGUCACAGGUCACGUCACAUCACGUCCUCCUUGGCUUUUCUUCCAUUUGCCACUUUUUAAAGGAAUUCACACAAGCUGUGUUUUCUAUGAUACCUGUCUGUGACUUUCUGCAGCUGGG